AUGUAGUUGGGUACAGUUGGGUAGUACUUGGACGUUUUGUCGUAGGUUAUAGAUGACGGUAUCAUAAUUCAGCUUGCAAUCAUUUGUCUGUCGGUAUGCUGUGCUUACCAGUUUCAAUAUCAGUAUUUUGCUAUAUUUGAAAGAAUUCCGACAUGAUUUCCAAAACUGUUUGCAUUACUCAAGAAGGACCAGCAAAUGCAUUAGCAUUAAACAAAGAUAACAGUCAAGUUGUUAUAGCAGGACGUAAUGUUUUUAAGAUAUUUCUUUUAUUGGAAGACAGAUUCGAGGAGGCUUGUAAUCUACGUGUUGGUAAAAAUUUAAAUUUAAAUUUUUCGUGCAACGAUGUUGCAUGGAAUUUGAUUGAUGAUCAUAUAUUAGCAACCGCUGCUACAAAUGGUGCAGUAGUAGUAUGGAAUUUAAAUAAAUCUUCGAGAUCCAAGCAGGAACACGUUUUCAUAGAUCAUAAAAGAACUGUGAAUAAAGUUAGUUUUCAUAUGACAGAACCUAUGUGGCUAAUAUCAGGUUCUCAAGAUGGCACUAUGAAAUGCUUUGAUCUAAGAAUAAAAGAAGCUACUAAAACUUUUUACAGUAACACAGAAUCUGUGCGAGAUGUACAGUUUUGUCCUCAUUCACCGCAUACCUUUGCUGCUGUUUCUGAGAAUGGGCAUGUACAACAAUGGGAUUUACGUAAACCGGAUCGUUAUUUUCAACACUUUACUGCUCAUAGUGGUCCUAUAUUUGCUUGCGAUUGGCAUCCUGAGUCUACAUGGCUUGCAACUGCUUCCAGGGAUAAGACUAUCAAGGUGUGGGAUCUAUCUGGUAAACCCAGUUGCGAUUACGUCAUACAUACGAUAGCAUCCGUCGGUCGUAUAAAAUGGAGACCUCAGAGAAAAUAUCAUAUAUCCAGUUGCGCUCUUGUUGUAGACUGUAGUAUAAACGUAUGGGAUAUUCGUAGGCCGUAUAUUCCAUUCGCAAGUUUUAAUGAGCAUAAAGACGUUCCAACUGGUGUAGCAUGGAGGGGUAAUCCACAAUCAUUCCUGUCGACUAGCAGGGACUGUACUCUGUACCAUCAUGUGUUCAAAGAUGCUACUAGACCAGCUAGUAAAGCGAAUCCACAAGGUAUUGCAUUGAAUCCAAAAGGGGAUAUCGUGUACGCUUGUAAAGUGAACGUCCACGUUACAACAACAAUGAAACAGUUUACUAAUAUAAUGAGGAAAAUACCUGCAACAAACGAUACAUUUUGCAUGGCAUCUAGUAUGAUGCAUAGGUUUGCUGUAACUGUGCCACGGGAACCAAAGUGGUUUAAAGCUUGUGCAGAAGGUUACUUGCUCGCUGGACGAUUGAACGAUAUUUGCGACCAUAAUGCUGCGGUUGCUAGAAGUGCUGGUAGAAACGAUAUCAGUACAGUAUGGAGUAUCAUAAAAACAUUAUACGCAAACCCAAUGGGAUCUAUUUUAAAGACACCUCCAACUGCUUCCAAGGAAGACAUAGUAAAUACAUUGAACUUAGCACAGAUUACAAUUGGACCUAGUAUAGAUCAACCAAAUGCAGGACACGAAAAUGAUGUGAAAUCUCUCCAAGGAGAAGUAACGGGAGCAACCAGUGGGGGCGAUGACGAGACUGAGACUGACGAGACACCAGAGAAUCAGUAUUCUAUAGGGUCUUUAUUGCCUAGUUAUAAACGAACCUUUAUCGACAACAAGGGAUCAUCGAAAGGAGAUUUUUUAUUCGGGGAAAGCGACUUCGAACCAUUCACAGUGGAAUACACUUCCAGUUACAUGCAUAGUAUAAUGAACAAUGAUAACGACUGGACGUUGUCCAAAGAGGCUUUUCCAUUGCGACACGAGAUAAAGGACAGAUCACCGCCACCCGAACAAUUUCCGAAUCACCCUCCGGACAUCAAUGAAGACUGUGCCUCGUUGAUGAUCGAAGAUCAACCGAGUCAAUUGAUCGUUUCGAACAUACCGAAACCGCAGUUUUGGGAUCCGACCAAUUUAAUCGAAGAAGCGUUGAAACAUCACGCAGCCCUUCGGGAUAUACAGACUUCCGCGUCGAUUCUCAUCGCGCUGGGAGAGAAACGGAAAAGCUUGAACAUCGAGAUGGCUGUUCAAGAACAUUGGAUACUGGAGUAUUUAGACAUGCUCGCGAGGUUUAAACUUUGGAACGUGGCGACACAGAUAAUCCAGUCGGUUUGGAUCCCGUCGGUGUCGCAAUUGAAUCAGCAAUCGACAGUGAUACACGCGUGUUGUUUAGCUUGCACGAAACCGUUGCAGAGAGCAGCAUGGCUGUGCGAUCGGUGUCACUCGUCCCACCAUGCACUUUGUUCCGUUUGCCAUCAAGUUGUUCGAGGGGUGUACGCGUGGUGUCAGGGUUGCACGCAUGGAGGUCACGUUGUGCACAUGAACGAGUGGUUCAGUUGCAAUCGACAGUGUCCAACUGGUUGCGGUCACAUGUGCGAAUAUACUUAAUCGUCGGCGUCGAUGAUUCUCUUGGGUUCCCCUUUAAGAGGGGAAAGUCUUUCCACACAGUUGGAAAUUUGAUUUCCAAUAUGGGAUUGUAUCGCGACCGACAGCGCAUAAAAUCUCGUCGACAACGCUUUGCCGAGAGUGUCGCGAGAAUAACUUGAGACUGUCGUUUUAAGAAGUUCAAGCAAGACCGACGGUAA